CCCGCAUCAGCCUAAUCAAAGAUGGAGACACAGAGAUGUUUGAUAAGGCUGUUAAGAAUAGCAUAGUUCAGAGAGUUACCUUAGAUAGAGGUGUCAAACCUUUAGAAAAAAAACUCAACUAUCAGCUCGACAAGUUGGUGAGUGCAUACCAGCGUCGAGAGAAAGAGCAGAAUGAAGUAAGGGAAAAAGUGCAUGAGAUGGUGCAUUACGAUUCCAGCGAGGACAGUGAGGACAAUGAGGAUGAGGACGAAGGGUUAAACUACAGGCCAGACGCAUCUGCGUUCAUGAAGAAAGACUCAAAGCAAGAAACAUCGGAAAAAGAAGAGGACAAUGGAAAGUACCGUCCACCGAAAAUUGCUGCCGUUUUACCUCCACAGACGUUCUCCGAAUCCGACACUACGCACAAACGCCGCCGAAACCUGCAAUCCAUGGAUGAGUAUUUGGAAGAGCUUAGCGAAGCACCCGCUGUGGAGGCUUCCAUUGGCUCUACGAUCGUGAACAAAGGACGAGACAUGAAGACGAAGCGCCAGUUGGAGAAGGAGGCCGAAAUUCAACGCUACGAAGAAGAGAAUUUCACUCGUCUUCCUGCUUCGCAAGUAAAGAUGUCCGCAAAGGAAAAGCGCAAAAAGCAACAAAACGAGUUCUUUGGAGAAGACUGGAGCAUGUUUGAUAACUCCAGGGACGUGACGACCGAGAAGAAGCGCAAGAGACUCAGUGCAUGGGAGCGUGCAAAGCGUAGAAAGGACUAGGAUAGAGUUCUAAAUCUCAUGUUCAUACAAAAAAA